AUGGAGUCCAACUUUCGCUCCACAGUCCUUCAGAGGCCCCCAGACAAGGAUGACGACCGCGAAAGAAGGCACGCGCGAGAUAUACUGAACCCGGCGAGCUCUAUUGUCGCGGCACCAGGCGCUCCACAGGCGCCGCCCCCGCGACAUGCGGGCUUCAGUCUCCGAUCCCCAACACAAUCCGAGUUCUCCUCCUACUCGACGCCGCCCGGCGCGAAUAAUCAUCAUCAGUCGCCAUCAAGACCUGUUCUCAGCUCGUUCAUGUCGCCAUCUUCCACUCCUAGCCGCGCUGCCGAAUUAAUGUCCUUUUCGAAUAUACUCUCGAGUUCUGAGCCCGCUGCGCCCAGGCUACGGCCGACCUCUCCCGCUCGACUCGAUGCCAAGGAGCCGGCACGACAACCGUCCCCGCGUCGUGAGAUCGCUGUUCUGAAGGAGCCAUCUCCGGAAGCCCCUGUGAAGAACUCGGAUAAACCCACCACCGAUGGCGGCCUCCGUGCACCAGAACCUGAAAAGGAGCCGGAGUCUAGGUCAGAGACUGAGAAGGAAGACACGCCUCAGGAGACCGUGAGCGCUAAAACGGAACUUGAAAGCGAGGUUGAAGCCGAGGCUGAAGCUGAGGCUGAAGUCGAGACCAGUGCGGAACGCCCCAAAGACAAAAAGAAAGCACCCGCAAAGACAAAGGAAAAGAAGGAGAAGCCGGCCCGAAAGUCCAAGGGACGCGUCUCUGACAUCAGGGAUGCUGAGAGCACGCCUAAAUCGAAUCGCCGAUCGUCCGCGUCGCAGAAAGACUCAGUCCGGCGUGCCGCGAAGCGCCUCCGAAUUGCUAGGGAAACCGACCUAAAGCGCAACCUAGAACGGCGACGUGACCUCGUCGAGUGCGCCCUUGACAACAUUCUUACACACUCCGAAUUAGGCAGGAGGAGGUACGACGAAUUGUAUUGCGAGGAUGCAUUGAACGAAGUGCGCGAACGCGAAGUCUUUGCCGAGAAGGAGCGGAAGAAGGAUAUGCAACGAAAGAGGCGUCGUGAGAAGUCCAUGGCUGCCACCAUUGAGCAGAAGGAGGCGGCCCUUGCUAAGGCCCGCGCCGCUGAAGACGAAUCCGAGCGCCAGAAACACCUGCGGGAGGCGGAGCGCGCGAACAAGAAGGCUCAGCAGACUAAACUUGUCCUCCAAAAGGGUCUCAAGGGCCCCGUGCGAUCCGUCGACCUCAACCUCGAAGGCGGUGCCUCGUCCUCAAUUCCACCUUCCGAUGCGGAGAAUGGUAAGGGCAAAUCGAAAGGACGCGGUAGCUCUAGGCCGAAGAAGUCCAAGGAGCAGAAGCAAGCAGAGAAGGCUUCCGCCGAAGCUGCUCAGGCUGCUAUUGACGCCGGUGAAGAACUGCCACCCCCGAAGGAAGAGGGCCGCAUUCGCAUCAAACUCAGCAAGAAGUCAAAGCAGCAGCAGCAGCAGCAGCCGUCGGAGGAUGCCGACAAAGACAAGGAGAACAAGGAGCCCAAGCCUGGCAAGGAGCCCAAGGAGAAGACCAAGGAAAAGGAAGAGCCUGUCCCAGAGGCCAAGUUCCAAUCCAAGGGAUUCAAUCAAAUUUACGAUCAAAUCUGGCGCGAUCUUGCUCGCAAGGACGUCAACAAGACCAACAAGCUUGCGACUGACUCAUACGCGGUCAAGUCCUCUAACCUCAAGAAGACUGCCAUCCUCGCGUCCAAGGAAGCGAAGAGGUGGCAGCUCAAGACGAACAAGGGCACCAAGGAUCAACAGGCGAGAGCCAAGAGGGUAAUGCGAGACAUGAUGAGCUUUUGGAAGCGCAACGAACGAGAGGAACGCGAUCUCCGCAAAGCGGCCGAGAGACAGGAACUCGAAAACCAACGAAAGGAGGAAGCUGACCGCGAAGCCGCCCGACAAAAGCGAAAGCUUAACUUUCUUAUCUCCCAGACCGAACUCUACUCCCAUUUCAUCGGCAAGAAGAUCAAGACCAAUGAGGUGGAACGCAGCACGGACAACCCCGAGGUUGCCGCGGCCGACAGGGACCAUAUUCCCCAGAACACGCUGGAUAUCAAGGAACCCACAGGCCCGGUCGGUACCAAAAUUAGCAACUUCGAGAACCUCGAUUUUGAUAACGAUGAUGAGAGCGUGCUACAAGCUGCAGCCAUAGCCAACGCCCAAAACGCCAUUGCGGAAGCCCAGAAGAAGGCACGUCAGUUCAACAAUGAGGAUGACGGAAUGGACGAGGAUGGCGAGAUGAACUUCCAGAACCCGACCGGCCUGGGCGACGUAGAGAUAGAGCAGCCCAAGCUCAUCAAUGCCCAGCUUAAGGAAUACCAGCUCAAGGGUCUCAACUGGCUCGUGAACCUGUAUGAACAAGGUAUCAACGGCAUCCUCGCCGAUGAGAUGGGUCUCGGAAAGACUGUACAGUCCAUCUCGGUCAUGGCCUACCUCGCCGAAAAGUACGAUGUCUGGGGCCCCUUCCUGGUGGUGGCGCCGGCCUCCACCCUUCACAACUGGGAGCAGGAGAUUCGCAAGUUCGUGCCUGAAUUCAAGAUCCUGCCGUACUGGGGCAGUGCAGCCGACCGCAAAGUGCUACGAAAGUUUUGGGAUCGCAAGCACUCGACCUACAAGAAGGAUGCCUCUUUCCACGUCUGCAUCACGUCGUACCAGCUCGUCGUAUCUGAUGUCGCUUACUUCCAGAAGAUGAAGUGGCAGUACAUGAUUCUGGAUGAAGCGCAGGCUAUCAAGAGCUCGCAGAGUUCCCGGUGGAAGUGCCUUCUCAGCUUCCACUGCCGUAACCGAUUACUCUUGACUGGCACGCCCAUCCAAAACAACAUGCAAGAGUUGUGGGCUCUUCUGCACUUCAUCAUGCCCUCGCUCUUUGACUCACACGACGAAUUCAGCGAAUGGUUUUCCAAAGACAUCGAAUCGCACGCUCAGAGUAACACGAAACUUAACGAGGAUCAACUCAAGCGUCUGCACAUGAUUCUUAAGCCAUUCAUGCUACGUCGCGUGAAGAAGCACGUGCAGAAGGAACUUGGUGACAAGAUUGAGUUGGAUGUGUUCUGCAACCUAACAUACCGACAGCGAGCUUACUACGCCAACUUGCGCAACCAGAUAAGCUUCAUGGACCUCAUCGAGAAAGCCACACUAGGCGACGACAACGACUCAGGCACACUGAUGAACCUUGUCAUGCAAUUCAGAAAGGUCUGUAAUCACCCCGAUUUGUUUGAGCGUGCCGAUACAACAUCGCCCUACGCCUUUGGCCAAUUUGGAGAAACGGCAUCCUUUGUGCGCGAGGGCAAUAAUGUGACGGUCAAGUACUCGACGCGCAACGCCAUUGACUACCCCCUUCCCGUGCGCGUCUGGCAGGGCGACGGCCGGCUCGACAAGGCCUGCAGAGAUAACCCCCAAGCGGGAUGGAGGAACAAAGCUCUUAACCACAUGAUGAACAUCUUUACGCCAAGCAACAUUCGCGAAAGUAUGGAAGGGUCGGACACGUUUUCGUGGCUCCGCUUUGCAGAUGCCUCUCCCGGAGACGUGUACAAGGCCACCCAUAGCAACAUUGUGCAGCGCGCAGUAGACAUUGGCUCGCGAAGCAGUAGGCUUAGCAAGAUGGAAGUCGCCUACUCAGACACCGAGGACAACGGUUUCACGCCCGGCCACGCCCUCUUCAUGAUCCAUGAGCGCAAGAACAGACAGGCACUUGCGGAGAUCACAGGCGAAGGCGUCCUCCGAAAUCUGAUGAAUGUUGGACGCGUCGUGUAUAAUGACCUGGGCCUUGGCAGACUUGAGCAAGCAGCACGCUCGCCCGUAUCAGCCCCGCCCAUCGACGUGACUUGCAACGACCCGUCCACUAGGGUGGAGCGUGAGCAGACGCUUUUCAACGUCGGCAUCAGGAGGAUCCUCUACGGGCCUAACCCAGUUGAGCAGGCAGCCCUCAUCAGGCAGAAGGUUCCGCCGGCGUUCAUGCCCCCGAUGAAGGCAUUGCCAGCGCCCGACAACGACAAGAAGAGGUUCAACAACAUUGCUGUUCCGUCAAUGCGCCGGUUUGUUACUGACAGCGGCAAACUGGCGAAAUUGGACGAGUUGCUCUUCAAGCUCAAGAACGAGGGUCACCGUGUUCUUCUCUACUUCCAGAUGACGCGCAUGAUUGAUUUGAUGGAAGAGUACCUCACGUACCGUAACUACAAAUAUUGCCGCCUGGACGGCUCUACCAAGCUCGAGGACCGACGAGAUACCGUGCACGACUUCCAAACUCGGCCCGAGAUUUUCAUCUUUUUGCUUUCUACGCGUGCGGGUGGUCUCGGUAUCAACCUCACGACAGCUGACACAGUCAUCUUCUACGAUUCGGAUUGGAACCCAACAAUUGACUCGCAGGCCAUGGACCGAGCUCACAGGCUGGGCCAGACGAAGCAGGUGACUGUCUACCGUCUCAUCACGCGCGGCACAAUCGAGGAGCGUAUCCGGAAGAGGGCUCUCCAGAAGGAAGAGGUGCAACGAGUGGUCAUCCAGGGUGGCGGUGCCAGCGUCGACUUCUCCGGCCGCAGGGCACCGGAGAACAGGAACCGUGACAUUGCUAUGUGGCUAGCGGACGACGAGCAAGCUGAGCUGAUUGAACGAAGGGAGAAGGAGCUGCUUGAGAGCGGCGAGUACGACAAGGUGCAGAAGAAAAAGGGCGGGAAGAGGAAGAGGGCGCAGGUCGACAACAGCGGCGGCGACCGGGGCGGUGUGAGUCUUGAUGAGAUGUACCACGAGGGCGAAGGAAAUUUCGAUGACAACAAGGCGUCUGGCGCGGCGACGCCAGUCGUUGCAGAACCAGAUGUCAAGGCAGCUAAGAAGCGACGGACGGGCAGCAAGAAAGCCAAAACGACGAAACAACGGCUAGCUAUGAUUGACGGAGAGGUUGACGGGUGA